AAUAUUCAACACACUCGACUUGGAUAAUAAUGUGAGACUGAAGCCAACCUCUGCCGAUGGCAAUUUUAUAUAGGCUCAGCUCAACUGUGCGACUGUACAGUUAAAGGUAUGAGAGGAUGUUUCGGGACUAAAGUUAUACGACGUCAAAGCCAAGGCCAAGCGAGUCCCUCCACUCGUCGGAUAAAUUCGAACGUAAGCGAUGAACACUGUCUUGUGAAGCUGCGAAUGCAUUUUGUGAGCUGCAGCCGUGUGGAUGCAAGUGCCUGUUGUUAUUGUGAAAUUUUGGUCGACUGAUACAGCGCUGUUGGAGCAUAGCAAAAAAUACAAUCAUGUUAUUUUACAUAGUACUAUCUGCAUUGGUGGCGGCGUUGGUCUAUUUUCAUAUAUCUAUCCGGUACAGUAGACAGGGACGAAUGUUGAGUAAAAUACCUGGUCCAUUCAGUUUCCCCAUCAUUGGUAGUUUGCACCUGUUCACCGAUCGAACCCAGCGUGGCCUGUGGAUAACUAUUCGAAUGAUAACCGAUACCUGGUACCCUAUUUGCAAGGGAUGGGCUAUGGGAUUGCCUCUGUUGAGUGUCCGUCAUCCCGAUGAUCUGGAGGUAAUUUUAUCGAGCCAAAAAGCCUGUUACAAGGAGUUCCCUUACAAAUAUUUACGUUCCUGGCUGAACGAUGGUCUACUCACGAACAAGGGCGAUACCUAUCGCGCCCGACGAAGAAUGUUGACGCCUGCCUUUCACUUCAAUAUGUUGAGAAGAUACGUUGAUAUUAUGAACGAACAAUCGGGCAGAUUAAUGACGGAAUUGAGAGCCAAUGGAAAGGAAUUUGUACUAGACGUUUUGCCCAUCUACGCGGAUGUCAGUUUGAACAUUAUUAUAGAAUCGGCUAUGGGCAUUGAUUUGGACAAAACGGAUAAGAAAGUUAUAAAAGAUUACAAAGAAGCCAUUGAAGAUAUGGGUAUCGUUCUCACAUACAGAAUGUUAAGACCGUACAUACUAGACUGGAUGAUGACUCCAUUCACGGAAAUCGGGCGUAAGCAAAUUCACGCUCUAAAAGUUCUUCGAGAAUUCACGGAUAAGAUCAUCAAAGAACGAAGAAAGUAUCAUGAAAUGCUCGGAGGUAUUAAGGGUUACAAAGAAUUUACAGAUAGUUUGGAAAAUCAAGAUGAAUCCGAAAGUAUCUACGCCAUAGGACACAAAAAGAAAUUGCCAAUGCUUGAUAUAUUGCUAUCAGCUGAAAAAGACGGUCUGUUGGAUGAGAAGGGAAUCAAGGAGGAAGUUGACACGUUCUUACUGGGCGGCACAGACACGACUAGAAUGGUUAUGGCGUACUUUACGAUGCUGAUGGCCGAAAAUAAAAAAUGUCAAGAUAAAGCUAGAGCCGAAGUCUGCAAAGUCUUGGAACGAAGCGGAGGCAAAAGAGGAAUGACAGAGCUUUCGCAGAUGCCCUACCUCGAACAGUGUAUAAAAGAGUCGAUGCGACUUUAUCCGAUCGCCUCGACGAUUUUCCGCCAUACGGUGGACGACAUUCAACUGAAAAAUUACACUAUUCCGGCGGGAGUCGUCGUAAUAUGUCAGAUCAUCGAUGCUCACAGAGAUCCGAAUUUCUGGACAGAACCGGAAAAAUUCGACCCCGACAGAUUUUUACCGGAGAACUGUCGCCAUCGUCAUCCGUUUGCUUACUUACCGUUCAGCGCGGGCCCGCGAAAUUGCAUCGGCCAAAAGUUCGGUUGGAUGGAGGUAAAAGCCGUGUGUUCGAGAUUAUUAUAUAACUUUUAUUUGGAGCCAAUCGACAGCACACGUGACAUGCAACUGAUAGGAGACUUUGUGCUUAGACCAGCGGACCCAUUUCACACGAAAUUUAUUAGAAUAGAUAGAGAGUGAAUGAAUCGCUGUAUUUCAAUCAUAUUGAUUUAUUCAUAAUGUCGUAACGUUACAUUGUUAUGCAUACAAUAAAAAAAUCACACCACUUUA